UCUCGACCAGUCGCCCCUCACUGGUGCACCGCGCCGAACGUCCGUUACGGUGGCUCGCGCGGCUCACCGACCAUGUGAUGAAGUGAAACUGUCAAACGCAAUACACACUCGUAGUCUCAUACACCAGUUCGUACUUUAGUGGAUUUUACCCACUACAUCUUAUCUUCCUGGUGAUUUUUGUGUUGACGAAGUGGUGCCUUUAGUUUGGAAAGUUGGAUUAUACGAGCAAAUCAUGGCCUUAGCGAGGUAUAAUCAGCAAACCGCGCGCUCGUCUUGGUUGAAGCUCGGGGCGGGCAGCGAGUGCGGCGGUGGCGCGUCGGGCGGGGGCGCGCCCGCUCCGCAGUCGGCGCGCGUCUCGUCCAACGGCGCCGGCGGCAUGGCGGUCAGCCGCGUGCCCAGCCCGCUGCACGACGGGAACACGCCCGUCGCGGAGAACUGGUGCUUUACACAGGUCAAGGUGGUGAAAUUCAGUUACAUGUGGACAAUAAAUAAUUUUAGUUUUUGUAGAGAAGAGAUGGGUGAAGUGCUAAAAUCAUCGACAUUCUCAGCCGGUGCUAGUGAUAAAUUAAAAUGGUGUCUCCGCGUUAAUCCUAAAGGACUGGAUGAAGAGAGCAAAGACUAUUUAUCGUUAUAUUUAUUAUUAGUGUCGUGUAACAAAUCAGAGGUUCGGGCAAAGUUCAAGUUUUCAAUAUUAAACGCAAAACGGGAGGAAACAAAGGCGAUGGAAUCACAGCGCGCGUACAGAUUCGUCCAAGGCAAAGACUGGGGCUUCAAAAAGUUUAUCAGAAGAGACUUCCUACUGGACGAGGCGAACGGCCUCCUACCAGAAGACAAGCUGACGAUAUUCUGUGAAGUGUCAGUGGUCGCGGACAGCAUUAACAUUAGUGGUCAGAGUAACGUGGUCCAGUUCAAAGUGCCCGAGUGCCGGUUGUCGGACGACCUGGGCGCGUUGUUUGACAACGAGAGGUUCUCUGACGUCACGCUCGCGGUCGGCGGCAGGGAGUUCCAGGCGCACAAGGCUAUAUUAGCAGCGCGGAGUCCUGUUUUCGCGGCCAUGUUUGAACACGAGAUGGAGGAGAGGAAGAGAAACCGAGUGGACAUCACGGACGUGGAUCACGAGGUGUUGCGCGAGAUGCUGCGGUUCAUCUACACCGACCGAGCGCCUAAUCUGGAGAAGAUGGCGGACGACUUGUUAGCGGCGGCAGAUAAGUACGCGUUAGACAGACUAAAAGUGAUGUGCGAGGAGGCGCUGUGCGUGAACCUGUCGGUGGAGACGGCGGCCGACACGCUCAUACUGGCCGACCUGCACUCCGCCGACCAGCUCAAGGCGCAGACCAUCGACUUCAUUAACACGAGUCACGCCACAGACGUGAUGGACACGGCGGGGUGGAAGAACAUGAUCUCGUCGCACCCGCACCUCAUCGCCGAAGCGUUCCGCGCGCUCGCCACGCAACAACAGCAGAUACCGCCCAUCGGCCCGCCGCGGAAGCGUGUGAAGCAAGCCUAAUCUCAGCUUCGGGCCUUGAUCGCUACGGCGCUCACGUAAACACCAAACGCGACCACUAAACGAUGUAACAGAAUUUGCAGGUACUUCACAAAUCAUUUGUGUGCCCUACGAAAACCGAUUACACCCAUCAGAUGAGAUUGCAGUCAAGGGCCAACUUGUCAAUUCGAUAGUUUGCGCCCAGAUGAAGCCCUGGUGAGUUUCAUCUCUACCUCUCCCUCUUUAUCUAUAGUAUUGUGAUGGAAAGAGAGAGACUAGCACUAUCAAGUUGUUAAAGAGGUGAAAACGUAUUUUGCGGGUAGUACACAAAUGAAUUGUGAAUCCCCUAACCGUGAAUUGUUACAUCAAAAAGGUAUAAGUAUGCGUUUUGCGGGUAGUUUGCGUACUGUCGUAGUGUUCUAAGGUCUGGGUAUUGUAAUGUCGGCCGGCCAGCGCCACACCGACCCGUUCCGCUAUAGUUGAAGCGGUAGUUAGUGCCAAGUGCGGCUUCGUUAUCGUAUGUUUCCUUAUAGUACGAGAUCCGGCAUAAGGAUUUUAUACACUCAUCUGUUAUUUAUUUGGGAUUAUAGUGCUCGCCACGGAUCUUUAUGUUUGUGAAGUUAGCUGCGGAAUGUACCGUUAUUGAUUCAUUGCACAGUCAUUUGUUGCUAACCUCACAAACACAAUAUCUCGUGUCGGGCACUGUAGAAAUAAAUUAUAGAAAAUAUUCAUCUUGACUCAUUGCAAAUAGGUUGCCUAGUGACAUUGCGCCCGGUGUGUAUUAAAUUAUUAUUAUUUCUUUAAUUUACUUAAUCUACUUCCCUCUUUAUUUAAUUAAUAAUAAUCGAGCACUAGUUUAAAAACGUAAAGGUUGCUUUCACAUUGCAACUUGCCAGAUAUAAAGAGUUAAUUAAUGUUAUGCAAAUAUCCUCAUUAGUUAUUAUAUUUAGUUGUCUAAUAUAUUAAAUAAAAGCUUUUUUUAUGCUUAAUUUUACUGUAUUAAGUUGCCUUUGAUCUAGCUCAUGUUUUCCUAGAUUUUGUAUGAAAAAUGUGUUUGGCCGCAAUUUAACUAGGCAACCUGUUUGCAAUGUGUCAAUGUGAAUGUUUAAUAUCAUUUAUUUCUCAUCCUAAAAAAAAUAGAUGUGGUCAUAUAUUUCUUAUGCCGGCUCUUAGACCAUUAUAGCGUGUUAGCAUUCUGUACAUUACUCUAUGCCCGCUGUUGUAAGCGAGGCAAGUGUCUUGUAGAACGAGUGUCUGUGCUAGCCAGAGGUACCUCAUUUUAUGAAGGCAGAAAGUUUUCAACCCAAGAAUCACCACAGCCAGCGGCGUGCAUAAGUUUGUCGAUCAGGGUAUUAGUAAGAAAAACUAACCGAAAUGGGAAAAUCGUCGAAUUUUGUCAAUUUACCUUCACGAGAUUAUCUCGUUGGUCGCAU